AUGGGCCUUUUACUAAGCGAUGGUGAUUCCGUAUCGGAUCAGCAGUCCACUCGCGACAACGCCGCUGCUGGCUGCAGCAUCAGCAUUGAGAUGUAUCAUUCGAGUGCCGCUGCAGCCGCCGCUUACACAGACCUUGCGGCUGCCAGCAGCGCAGCCGGAGCCGGCGUCCCCGGAUACCAUCACCAGCAGGCCGUCAACGCUCCGGUCUAUGUGCCCUCCAGUCGGGCGUUGACCAACAGCCAGUAUAAUCAUGUGGCGGCGCAUUUUGGGAGCGCUGCCGCUCAGAACGCCUGGACCACGGAUAGUUUUGGCAGCGCGCAUGCGCAGUUGCCGGCACAGUUUUAUACACAAAACGCUGCCGUAAUGAUGACUCCCUGGCGGACAGCCUACGAUCCGGGAUUUCAACGCUCAUCGCCGUACGAGAAUGCAAUGGACUUCCAAUUCGGAGAGGGUCGCGAGUGCGUAAAUUGUGGCGCCAUUUCCACGCCUCUGUGGAGACGGGAUGGCACCGGUCAUUAUUUGUGCAAUGCUUGUGGAUUGUAUCACAAGAUGAAUGGCAUGAAUCGACCUCUGAUCAAGCCGAGCAAGAGACUGGUGAGUACAACCUCCAAUCGCCGCCUGGGCUUGUGCUGCACCAACUGCCGAACACUCAACACGACCCUUUGGCGACGAAACAAUGACGGUGAACCAGUGUGCAAUGCCUGUGGUCUGUACUUCAAGUUGCACGGCGUAAAUCGACCGCUGGCUAUGCGAAAAGACGGGAUUCAGACACGCAAACGGAAGCCGAAGAAAACGGGAGGCAGUGGGACAAGCACGAGUGGCACCAGCACGGGGACAGAAGCUAUCAAGGAGUGCAAGGAAGAACAUGAUUUAAAACCUACUCUCAGUCUGGAACGUCACAGUCUGUCCUCCAACAUUAGCAAGCUGAGUCUCGCCUCCAGCUCAGGCUUGCACGGAUCCCUCAGCAGCCAUGGACAGCAACAGCAAACACAUCAGCACCAUCCACAUGUACAGCAGCAACAGGCGCCGCAGCACCACCACCAUCUUCAUUCGCAACAGCAGCAUCUCUUCCACUCGCAACAACAGCCCAGUGCUGCUCCCUCGAGCAAUGCCUCAAGGCACAGCCUACCUCUGCAUAGCGCCAGCAUGCAGCUGUACACCCCAUCCACCUUACAGAGUCAGAAUCAGACAAGUAACUCCGUUGCAGCAUCCCCCUACACGAGCAGCAAUGCGGCCGGCGCAGCAGGAGGAGGCGGAGGUGCCCUCACACCCACCCUUAGCAAUGGCACACCAUCGCCCCACUAUCAGCACCAUCUGCAUGCCUCCAGUACUUCGCAUAGCCACCAUAUGCCGCAUCAUCAUAUACACGCAGCCGCGGCAGCUGCAGCCUAUGGCGUGAAAACGGAGUCCAAUACCAGCAACUACGAUUACGUAAAUAACUGCUACUUUGGAGCGUCCUUGGGUACGCUGGGAUCUGUCUCGACGGCCUUGGGUGGAGGUUCGGCCGAGUUGGCUGGCUAUCAUCAUCAGCACAACGUUAUACAGGCUGCUAAGCUUAUGGCUACCUCCUAAGCUUAGGCGCUGUGAUCUCCCCCGCUAUUGGUGAUGCGAGAAUAACUAUCCAGUCAGCCCCUACAUAAAUACCUAUAUAUAGUAUAUAGCUCUAUAUGUUGUGUUGGAUAAAAAUGCAUACAUUGAUUGAAAAGACUUGGA